GGUUUGCUGCUGGCGUUCCAGUCAGAAAGUCACACGCGCGCGCACGAGCACGAAUAAGAAGCAGGCUGUUUCACUCGGGCGCGUUUUAUUGGAAUACCGCAAAAACUGGAAUUUUACAAUCUUUCCUUGGAAAUUUGGGACUUUUUUUUUACCCACGGGACAGCAAACAAGAGGCCAAAAGGAGAGCGAACGUGAGAGACAGCGCGAGUCCACAAUAAUAAAAAGGUUGCGCCGAUGUGACGCGCUUUUCCCAUGGAGCCUUGCAGCAACAUGCUACACGCACGGACAAAGCGCUCAGCGUUCCGGGUCCCGAGAGCCAGCGAGCCAGAAGACCUUCUUGUCAUAUUGUGAUAGCCUGCGAGCGAGCUAACCUGAGAAGUCUCCGGACCCCUGCGUCUUAUCGGGACCACCGGGAGCGUCCGUCCCACAUCUCCCCGUCCCGCCCCGGCGUCCGUCCAGCCGCGCUACAGGAUGGGAGCUCUCCUUUUGCGGCUGGCCGUCAUGGCUGCCGCUCUGCUGAUGGUCCUCAGAGCAGAAGGCGCGGGUCAGAACCCGGACCACGUCCUGCAGGGCACGGGCGUGAAAGCGGAGGCCAGGCGGCCCGGCGACGGCGACUCCACCGUGGCCCCCGAGGACGCCGCCCGCUUCCUCAGCUGCUACUGCUCCGGACAUUGUCCAGAAGACGCCACCAACAACACCUGCCAAACCAACGGUCAGUGCUUCGCCAUCAUCGAGGAGGACGAGCACGGCGAGCCAAUCCUCACCUCGGGCUGCAUGAAGUAUGAGGGCUCGCACUUUCAGUGCAAGGAUUCCCCGAACGCUCAAACGAGGAGAACCAUCGAGUGCUGUGCCACCGACUUCUGCAACCGAGACCUACGACCCACGUUACCCCCACAGGCCCCUUCAGAAGGCAGCCCCCACUGGUUGGCGUUCCUCAUCUCCAUGACGGUGUGCUGCUGUAUGCUCAUCUGCGUCACGGUGGUCUGCUACUACAAGUACAAGUGGCAGAGCGAGCGUCAGCGUUACCACAAGGACGUGGAACAGGAAGUGUUCAUCCCAGUGGGGGAGUCACUCAAAGACCUCAUCCAUCAAUCUCAGAGCUCCGGCAGCGGUUCGGGGCUCCCCCUGCUGGUUCAGAGGACCAUCGCCAAGCAGAUCCAGAUGGUGCGUCAGAUCGGCAAAGGGCGGUACGGCGAGGUGUGGCUAGGCCGCUGGCGAGGCGAGAAGGUGGCUGUCAAAGUCUUCUUCACUCGAGAGGAGGCUAGCUGGUUUCGGGAGACGGAAAUCUACCAGACCGUCCUCAUGAGACACGACAACAUCCUCGGCUUCAUCGCAGCAGACAUCAAGGGGACGGGGGCCCUGACGCAGCUGUUCCUGAUCAGCGACUACCACGAGAACGGCUCGCUGCACGACUUCCUGAAGACGGCCACGCUGGACACGGCCACGCUGCUGCGGCUGGCCUACUCGGCCGCCUGCGGCCUCUGCCACCUGCACACAGAGAUCUACGGCACGCAGGGCAAACCGGCCAUCGCCCACCGGGACCUCAAGAGCAAGAACAUCCUCAUCAAGAAGAACGGCGCCUGCUGCAUCGCUGACCUGGGUCUGGCCGUCAAGUUCAACAGCGACACCAACGAGGUGGACCUCCCGCUGAGCGGGCGCAUGGGCACGCGGCGCUACAUGGCCCCCGAAGUGCUGGACGAGAGCCUCCAGAAGAACCACUUCCAGGCCUACCUCAUGGCGGACAUGUACAGUUACGGACUGGUCGUCUGGGAGAUGGCGAGACGCUGCGUCACUGGCGGCAUAGUGGAGGAGUACCAGCUUCCUUAUUAUGACUCUGUGCCAUCGGACCCGUCCUAUGAGGACAUGUUGGAAACUGUGUGCGUCAAGGGCCUGCGUCCCACAGUGUCCAACAGGUGGAACGGCGACGAGUGCCUGCGCGCCGUGCUGAAGCUGAUGAGCGAGUGCUGGUCGGCGAAUCCCGCCUCCCGCCUCACCAUCCUGAGGGUGAAGAAGACGCUGGCUAACAUGGUGGAAUCGCAGGACAUCAAGAUCUGAAGGCCGCCCGUCCCGCACCCUCGAAAAACAAAAAACCCGCGCUCGUCCUUCUCCACGCUUUCCGUGAAAGCAACGCAGACCACUUCCUGUCCUCUUCGGCGACUUCCUGGGAAAAUCAAACAAGAAAACAAUUCAAACUUUGGAAAUUUCCCGAUCGCGUCGGUCUCGGCCGGCGAAGUCGUCGCUGUGGACACGUGCGCCGUCCUGUUUUUGUUAUUUUGUUGUAGUCUGUUUAUCAAUGAGGGGCUAACCUCAGUGGGUGGAGCUGAUGGGACGGGGACGCUUCGUUUAGAACACAAAAAAAAACUUGAUAGGACUCGAUUUUUGUUUAACUUGAUGUUCCCGUUAAAGCUACAGUGCCUUGCAAAAGUAUUCGGCCCCCUUGAACCUUGCAACCUUUCGCCACAUUUCAGGCUUCAAACAUAAAGAUAUAAAAUUGUAAUUUUUUG